UCAAGGGCAGGGAUUCUCGGGUAUCUGUUUAGUGCUGGUCCCUGGGGCAAGCAGCAGGUGCUUCAUUAAUACUUGUGAAUGGGGCUGGGAUGGGGCUCAGUGAUAGAGCUCAAGUGCUUGGUACAUACGAGGUCCAAGGUUGAUCCCCAGCAUUGCAAGAAAAACAAAGUGAAAAUUGUGAUUGGGAGCCUGUGUGUGAACGCCACAUAUGGCUGUAUCUUUGUGUGGCAUAACCAUGUAUGCCUUGCCUGGCGCUGUGGAUGACUGUGUGAAACAAGUGGGCCAGUGAUAUCCAAAGUGCUGAAGAAGGACAGAGACUGGCUCCAGCCUGGACCCAGAAGCUUCAGAGGUGACAGGACAAAGAUGCCUGUUGCCCCCUUGUGGUCAUCUUGGGCCUGGCAUGGAACCAGCCCACAGUUUCUUGGGUGCUGGGGAGGCAAGGGGUAGGUGGAAGAGGCGGCCUGGCCUGAUGUCACUGUCCAUGUCACCCCCCCACAACAGGGAGAAGAUGAGCAUGGGCUGCCCGGAACCUGAGCCGCCCCACUCCCUGCCCUGCUGUGGGCCAGGGGCUGCCCCUGGGCAGGGCGCAGGUGUGCCCCUCCUCACCGAGGACAUGCAGGCCUUGACUCUCCGAACGCUGGCCGCCAGUGAUGUCACCAAACACUACGAGCUCGUCCGGGAGCUGGGCAAAGGCACCUAUGGGAAGGUUGACCUGGUGGCUUACAAGGGUACAGGCACCAAAAUGGCACUGAAGUUUGUGAACAAGAGCAAGACGAAGCUGAAGAAUUUCCUGCGGGAGGUGAGCAUCACCAACAGCCUGUCAUCCAGCCCCUUCAUCAUCAAGGUCUUCGAUGUGGUCUUUGAGACAGAAGACUGCUAUGUCUUCGCUCAGGAGUAUGCACCCGCCGGGGACCUGUUCGACAUCAUCCCUCCCCAGGUCGGGCUCCCCGAGGACACAGUGAAGCGCUGUGUGCAGCAGCUGGGCCUGGCGUUGGACUUCAUGCACGGGCGGCAGCUGGUGCACCGUGACAUCAAGCCCGAGAACGUGCUGCUGUUCGACCGCGAGUGCCGCCGCGUGAAGCUGGCCGACUUCGGCAUGACGCGGCGCGUGGGCUGCCGCGUGAAGCGCGUGAGCGGCACCAUCCCGUACACGGCGCCCGAGGUGUGCCAGGCGGGCCGCGCCGACGGCUUCGCGGUGGACACGGGCGUGGACGUGUGGGCCUUCGGCGUGCUCAUCUUCUGCGUGCUCACCGGCAACUUCCCGUGGGAGGCGGCGUCGGGCGCCGACGCAUUCUUCGAGGAGUUCGUGCGCUGGCAGCGCGGCCGGCUGCCCGGGCUGCCGUCGCAGUGGCGCCGCUUCACCGAGCCGGCGCUGCGCAUGUUCCAGCGCCUGCUGGCCCUGGAACCCGAGCGCCGCGGCCCGGCCAAGGAGGUCUUCCGCUUCCUCAAGCACGAGCUCACAUCCGAGCUGCGGCGGCGGCCGUCGCACCGCGCGCGCAGACCCCCCGGGGACCGGCCGCCCGCCGCGGGGCCCCUGCGCCUCGAGGCGCCCGCGCCGCUCAAGCGCACCGUGCUGACCGAGGGCGGCGGCGUGGCUAGGCCCGCGCCCCCCGCCGUCGGCCCGGUGCCCGUGCCCGUGCCCGUGCCUGUGCCUGUACCGGUGCCCGUGCCCGAGGCCGGCCUGGCGCCCCCGGGGCCCCCCGCCAGGACCGACGGCCGCCCGGACAAGGGCAAAGGGCAGGUGGUGCUGGCCACGGCCAUCGAGAUCUGCGUCUGAGCCGCCCGCCGCCCUCGGGCCGGGCGCCGAGCACGCAGCCGGGCGGCGCGGGAGCAGCCCCGGGUCCGCUCCGGGCCGGGCCGCCGCGGCGGGAACCGGGAACGGAGCAGCAGCUGCGCGGCGGGAGGGAGUAGUGUAGACGAGGAGGACCAGCACCCGGUGGGGCCGCGGCGGGCUAGGGCCAGAGGACCUCUCGGGCUGGUGGCCUCGGCCCAGAGGAGCCAAACUCGGCAGCCCCCAUCACCAGAGGCGGCGACACGCCCCAAGCCAGGAGCCUGCAGACCACACCCUGAGUCCGGAACCCUCACCAGCGCUCCUGGCUCCUCGCUUCCCCCUGGAGGGUCAGUCCUGCCCCACUCGGUCCCCGCCGCACCCUGGGCACAGAAAAGGAGUUGGGCAGAGAAGGGGUCGUGACCCUUGGGAGCAGUGCUUGGGUGAGAGCCUCCAUGUCAUGUCCUGCCCCUUUCCUGGAGGGUUGGAGGGACAGGCCAGGUCCCUGGAAAAUGUAGCAAAAGCCUGCAUAUGCCACCUAAGUGUGUGUGCAGGUAGAGGCCCCAAGAACCUAGUGUUGUCCCCACGCCCCCUUCAGCUGAGGAGGACCUUGAAGCCAGGAGGGAAGGCAGCUGCCUUGGCCGCACAGCCACUAAGGUGAAGCUCCAGGGCAGGGGCUCACCUGCCAGGCUUGGUAGUGAGUGAGUGCAAAGACCUGCUGCACAGGGGCGCCUCCCCCAGGGCCCCUCCCAGCCUGCUGUCCCAUCCAUGGGCUCCCAGCAGGCAUGUGACUGCCAGAAAAUUUUCCUGGAUUUCUUUGUAUUGGGGUCAUUGUGUUAGCCCUGGGAGUGAGGCAGGCCAUUACCACUCACGCCCCCUGUUUUUGAUACUGGAGAAUGCAGGGGUGGGAGCACAGGAUGGGUAGGAUGGGAUAACUAGAAAUGUGGGGGGAGUGUGACUAGUUGUGCAGUGCAGAGAGGACAGGAGUGGGUGAACUUGUGCAUCCUGGUGACUAUGCCACCAUCUCCAUUGCCCUGCCCUGCGGUUCCCACCAGGCAGUCCGGCCAGGCCUGUGCGGUCCACACACCCCUCAGGGAAUCCACAAGGAGGCACCUGCCACCAGUCAGGGGCCCUAAGACAGGAGCCCACCUCACCCAGCACCAUCUGGUGCCCCCUGCCCUCUGCAGUGGCCUGUGAGGGAUCCCGCAAUAACCUCAACACCCAGGCAGCCCCUCCAGGGCCUGGCAGUGCGCUGCCCACCACUGGGACUGCCUCCACCAGGGUCCCUCUUGGGGUUUCGGGGCAUUUGAGGUGCUCCUUGGUAGGCUGGGCUGGCUAGAGAGGGCACCAACCACCCUCCAGCCUGGAGCCCCACCUCUGCACUCACCCCCCAUUCCCACCGCGCAAAAGGGCUAUAGGUCCCGUGCCCUGCUUGGGUCUAGUUUACAAACAGUGUCACCCCAGGGCCUGGCCCCGCUCUCCUCUCAUGCCCCUUCUGGAGACCCCACCUCCCCAGGUGAAAUGGGGCCCAUGUACCAGGUAAGUAGCAAACCCCUCCCACCAAGGGCCGAAUCUCAGAGAAGGCCCCAUCACUGCCCCAGCCCACUGGGGCCAUGAGGCUCUCCUCUCCCAGCGUCAAUUCUCCUUUGCCUUAGGCCACUCGACAUCCUGAUCUCCUGCAAUAACAAGGAAGUGAGAUUCCACAGUAGCCUGCACUCUCUCUCUCUCUCUUUCUCUCUCUUGCCAAGGUCCUGUGUGGGAGUUGUUUCCCUGUCGUAGUAUCUAGGAUGUUAGCACUGGGAAGGGGCUGUAGGUAUGUAGCCCACCCCCUUGAUUGCAGAGGCAGCCCCAGCCUUGACCCUGAAGCAGGACUGGAACCAGGUCAGGCUGUGCUCCUAUGGUCGCUGCCACUGCUGCUGCUGCCUCUGUCAGUAGGGUUGGGACCCUUUGCCACUUAGGAGAGGUGUUGGUCACAGAUGUUUACCUCAGUUUAUGUCACUGUCAAAGAAAAAAUUAAUAGCAAAAAAUUAACACCAUAGACAUGAAGACUUAGGAGACCAAAAAAAAAAAAAAGUGAAAAAACAAAAAAGAAACCUCCCUUGACGUUCUGUGAAGGUACAGUGUGUAUGUGUGUGUGCACAUGUGUGCGUGUCUCUGUCCCAGCCGGUGUUCCCACACUGCCCCUGUCCUUCGGUGCUUCCCAGAGGCCCCUCUAAGCUGGCCUGUGGGGUGUGGGGAGCCCCUGGAUGGGAGGAGCGGCCACAAGUCAGCUAGAGGGUCUCCCACCAGGCCCGCUGAGCAGAGCCCCAAGGCCACCACAUGCUCCCUGAGUCCACACUGUGGCCAGUGGGACAGGCCUAGAUACUGGCACUGACGUCCAAGUCUGGCUCUGGGCCUGGGCAGGGUCCUGGGUGGAAUCCCAGCCCCAGAGCCCCAGAUCCUGUCUUGCCACUCCAUCCCAUGUGUUUGUAAAUACUCUGGCAUCCUUUGGCCCUGAGAAGGUUUUUAAAUGUGUUAUUUACUUCUCUAAUCAUGACAAUUGCUAUAAAAUAAACGAUUAGAAAAAUGGUCACUGGGUGGCUAUGUUGUCACAGCUGUGGGGUAGGAGCGCACACAGGUCUCUGGCAUCUAAAAAUUCAACGUGCUGGGGUGGCAUCAGCACCCCGGGGGCAGUGGCUUUGGGCCUCUUACGGCCUCUCAGACUUCCAGUGGUCAGGGCUCAAGAAUUGGGGGAACAGGACCUGGUCCUGGGGGUGUCCCUGGCUUAGCAUUCAACUUCAGCUUGGAGUCCUUCAGACUGGGCAGGAAAUAGAGGCAAAGACCCAAUGGAAGACAGUAGGGCACCUGUCAGCUGAUAUUCACCGAGCACCUUUGCUGUACUGGGCUACGGGUACAGUGGUGAGCAGGACAGACAAGGGCCUGCCAUGAUGGAAACACCUCAUCCUUCUGUGGAGGCCAGGCACCGGGCAGGUAAUUGACCGGGAAGUCUCUGGGGAGACAGAGGCCAGAGGAUCCCGAGUUCUCUGGGCACAGGGGCCAACUUGGCAUUGGGUGUGGGCUUAAAAGGCCAAGUCAAAGUUGUAAAGCAGGGAGCUGGGGUGGCUGUAGGGAGCAGUGUGACUCAGGGUUCAAAAAUAUUCGCUAAUUACCUAUUCGUCAACAGCACAAUUCGCUGGCCUUCAAACCCAGGUUUACCUAGGAUCUGCGCUGCCUCCACUGUCCUGGACCCGUGCCACGAGGAGCAGCCCCCACCUCCCCGACUGUCACAUGCCGUGACCUCCCUGACCCUGGCUCCCUCUGUGACCCCUCACAAGCUCUUCAUACAGCAGCCAGAGUGAUUCUUACUAAAAGAUCACUCUGUUCAGAACCUUCCAGUGGCUCCUUAGUCCACUCCAAACUAUAGCUGAGGUCCUUACAGUGGCCUCCAAGGUCCUACACAGUUCUGCCCACCCAGGCUCCUCCCGUCUGUUUUCAGGACAACUAAAUAUGUGCUCCCCUGAGGACUCUACCUUCCCUUGUCAGUCUCUCUCACAUCUCCCCAGGGCUCCCACCCUGUUCCAGGUCUCUGCUCAAAUGUCAAAGGAACCCAGAAAACUAUGAAACAGAAGGGCCCUUACCAGACUUCAUUGUACAUCCAGCUUCCAGUACCACUUGCAGCGCCAUAUAUUUCUCUGUUGCCCACCUGUGCCCACUAGAACAUAAGUUCCAAGAGCAGAGACAGCUGCAAGGCACGUAAUGAGCACGCAACACAAGUUGUCCACCUAGAAAUUGAAUACCACGUGCUCUUUUAUGGGCUGAGGACCCGGAAACAAACAAGAGAAACAGUCCUUAUCUCAUCCUGCUCUCCACCAAGCUCACUUUUGAGGAAAACAGACAGUGGGUCACAUAAUAUCUACAAAGUGGGGGGGGGACAGAAAAAGCAAGAAGGGAGAGAUGAGAGGGGGAGAACUCCUGCUGGAGAAGUGGAUUGGACAUGUUAAAAGAAAACUGUAUUUCUAAAUGUCUACAACUUCUUCAAAGUGUAGCAUUUUUUUCUUUUGAGGCAAAGUCAGGAUAUGUAUAUGUAGCCCAGGCUGGCCUUGAACUUGGGAUGAUCUGCGCCUUCUCUGGAAUGAUUGGAGUGGAACUCUACAAGUGCAAACCACAUCACUAAUUUCUAGAUUGGUGUUAGAAAUGCACCAUGUGUCAAAGAAUGCCAGGUCUCACCACUAGGGGGCAUUGGGUUUCUACUUUUGUGAGAUUGUUGACUGGGUGAUAAAGCCACUGUCUGCUAUGUCAAUGACUCUCCCACACACGGAAUGACCCUUUAAGUGCCCCUUACAACCUGGCCUCAAUGCCUCUUGAUUAUAGCACAUUCCCUCUUGAGGGAGCUUAGUGUUCUUUCCUGUCUACACCUCUCA